AAAGAAAGGAAAAAAAAAGGAAAAGAAAAAAGGAAAAAGAAAAAAGAAAAGAUAGAGAGAGAGACAGACAGAGGGAGCCCAAGCCGGCAUCUCUUCUGUUUCAAUCUCCUUCCUUCUACCUCCCAAAAAUCCCUUUGUUUCUUCAGAGGAAAACUUUUGUCUGGGGAUGUCUUGUUCCAUGUCAAUCUACUUUCAGAUUUUAACAAAAACACAAUACUUGAAGAACCCAAGAAUUUUUGUCAUUCUAUUACCCUUUUUGUCCCUCCAACUGCUUUGAUUGCUUCAGUGAGGUUCUGGUUGUGGAGAACGUAAUAAAUUGAACAGGGCUCUGUGUUCCUUAAACAAAACCGCCUUGUAACGCGAAUUAAAGCUGGAAAUAUGAGGGACCCCAAUCAGCAUAUUGCACACCGUGUUUAUUUCAUUUAAAUAUUUUAUGUUCUUUGCAUUUUUCCUUGUGUUUUAGGUCCUGGAUUGUUGUAAACUGCUGUUUAAUAGGUUUCUUCCCCUAAAGGGAAAAAGGGCAAAAGGGAAAAAGUAAAAAAAAAAAAAAAAAAAAAAAAAGGAGCCGUUCUUUACAUGUAUAUGUUUGUAAUUCAUUGGAUUUGUCAUUGUUCCCUCAUCGACUGAAAGUCGUGGUAAAAGAGGGAAGGGGGAAUUUUUGUACCAAAAAACCUGGCGACUUCGAUCUCCUUGCAAUUUCUGGCAGAAAUUGUUACUACCACCACCAUCACAACAAUUGGUCUAUCAAGCAAUGGGGGUCGGAUGGGGCCCUCUGAGAUUCCAUCUCAAUUGGGUAUCAUAUGUCAUGGUCUUGAUGCUGCUUCUGAAAAUUCAUGGGUGUCGGUCACUUAACAUCGAAGGAUUGGCUUUGUUAGAAUUUCGGGAAAAAGUGGACAGUGAUCCUUUCGGGGCCUUUGCAAACUGGAACCCUGAUGACAAUGACCCAUGUAUGUGGUCGGGCGUUCAUUGUGUGGAUGGUAAAGUGCAAAUGCUGGAUUUAAAAGAUCUUUCUUUGGGAGGAACUCUUGCACCUGAGCUUGGAACUCUUAGUCACUUAAGAUCUCUCAUCCUUUACAAGAACCACUUCUCAGGUGUAAUUCCUAAGGAGUUUGGAGGACUCACAAUGCUGGAGCUAUUGGAUUUGAGAGAGAAUAACUUAAGUGGAAAAAUACCUGCAGAAAUAUGUGGAAUGCUUUCACUGAAGCGAUUGUUGCUUUGUGAUAAUUACUUUCAAGGAAGCAUUCCUCCUGAACUGGAGAAGCUCAAGUUUCUCGUUGAACUACAAUCCGAUCAAAACCUCGGAGCUGGUGCGCUUGCUGGAAUUUGUUGCUUGAAUAGAAAAUUUGGACAUCGCAUCUGGCAGAGCAGUUUGAAACAAUUGAAGAAGGAAGAUUCUUUCAUGACCAAACUUAAAAUGAGGAUUCUACUUUAUCUUUGUGCAAUCCCACGUUUCAAGUUUGGAAAGGGCUCUUCAUUUGAUCAUGGAGAGAAAUGUUGUGAAACGUCACCAUAUUUGACAGAAUCACACAUAGUAGAAAAUGCACAAGCUGUUGUUAAUUUUGUACGUCGUAGACUGCUUGAAGAAUCCAGUAACCUCCCAGCUACCCCUGUAAGUGGUGUUGUUCCUCCUGGACAGAUGGUUACAGUUCCAACAACUCGUAGCAGUGGAGCUUUCCCUGCAGUACCUAAUGGAAAGAAGAAACAACCUCCUACAGCUGUGCCUUCUACCCCUGCUAAUCUUCCCCCAUCUCCACCUUCUGAUACACAUUCUUCCCAAGUUCCUGGGAACCCAACUAACCAGCCAGCAGUAGCCAGUGACUCCUCUGGAGCCAAAUGGAAAUAUGCUCUUUUGGUUUCAGGUGGAGUAUUCUUGGUUCUCGUUGUUGCAGUCGUGCUUUGUGCAUGUCGAAGCCGAGGAGUGACAACGAUAGGUCCUUGGAAGACUGGACUUAGUGGCCAGUUACAAAAGGCAUUCAUUACAGGGGUACCAAAGUUGAACCGCUCUGAGCUAGAAACUGCUUGUGAGGAUUUCAGCAACAUCAUUGACACAUUUGCAGACUGCACUUUGUUCAAGGGAACAUUGUCCAGUGGAGUCGAGAUUGCAGUGGCAUCGACUGCAAUUGCUUCAUCCAAAGAUUGGACAAAAUCAUAUGAAGUGGCAUACAGGAAGAAGAUUGAUACACUGUCACGUGUGAACCACAAGAACUUUGUUAAUCUUAUUGGCUUCUGUGAGGAAGAUGAACCUUUCCUCAGGAUGAUGGUGUUUGAGUAUGCUCCCAAUGGAAACCUAUUUGAGCAUCUACAUGUUAAAGAAGCUGAGCAUCUUGACUGGAACGCCAGGAUGAGGAUUAUUAUGGGAAUAGCUUAUUGCCUUCAGUACAUGCACCAUGAGCUAAACCCACCUGUAGCACAUUCCAAUCUGCAAUCUUCUGCAGUCUUUUUGACGGAUGAUUAUGCUGCCAAGAUUGGGGAGCAUACUUGCUGGUCAGAUUUAUGUAAAUCAAAGAAUUCUGGUCAAGAUGAUUCGGGACAUUCUGAACUUCCACCCCUUGCUGAUCCUGAAACAAACGUGUAUAAUUUUGGAUUGUUGUUGCUGGAGGUCAUUUCUGGGAAGCUUCCUUAUUCUGAAGAAGGUCCCCUUGUGAACUGGGCUGCCGAAUACUUGAAUGACAAGCGGAGCAUCAGCUACAUGAUUGAUCCCUCACUCAAAUCCUUCAAGAACAACGAGCUUGACAUUAUUUGCGAGGUAAUCCAGGAUUGUAUCCAUCAGGAUCCAAGGCAGAGACCAACAAUGAAGGAGAUCACAUCCAAACUGAGGGAAAUGAUUGCUAUCUCACCUGAUGCAGCGACCCCAAGAUUAUCUCCACUCUGGUGGGCAGAGCUUGAGAUUCUCUCUGUGGAAGCUACUUAAGGUUUAGUCAGCUUCCUUCUUUACCUUGUAAGUCAAGUCAAGUCCCUUUCUCUCUUUCACAGUAGCUCUCAUGUGCCAAAAAGAAUAGUUGUAUAAUCCAUGUUUUUUCCUUGUACACCUAUACCAUAUCUUCUGUAUUCAAGUUUGUUCCCUCCCUUUUUCUCACAUUCUCUCCAUCCUGUUGUGAUGAUUCAUUUAUAAUUAUUCUUUCCUAUUUUUCCCCUACUACCAAAAUAAGAGUGUGAUCUAAGGUUUCACACAUUGGUGCCUUACCCCAACUUAUACCUGACAUGUACUUGACUCUAAGAUGAGAGACUGGGAUUGUAAACAGCCACAAUAGUAUUGAGACUUGGUCCUUCUGCUGUGAUUAUUUUAACUUUUCAACAUUUU